AUGGAUAGUGACGACGAGUACGAUGAGUUUGGAAACUACUUAGGGCAAGAUUUUGGAUCAAACUCCGAUGAAGGAGAAAACAGCGAAGUGGAAGACCAUAUUGAUGAAGGAGAAGACAAAAAUGUCGAAAAUGACAUUGAAAUGGAAGCUACAGAGGAAACUGAGGAAAUGGGCAUCGUAAAAGGUAGUUCGCUAGCUCAGACAUUCGGAGAUGCGGAAACUAUAUUAGUGGAUCCAUUACUGCAAGGAAAAGAUGAGCCUAUUAUCAAGAAUGUGGAGGAGAAGAAGUUACAUGCUGAGUAUGAUGUGGACCAGGACAAUUUGCCAGAAGUCACGUAUUCAAGAGAAUACAUGGCACAGAUUUCCAAGGAGCUUCCAGAGAGAAUUAGAAAUGUAGCUUUUGUGGGAAAUUUGCACACGGGAAAGACCAGUCUUAUAGAUCUCAUAGUGCAACAAACCCAUAUUGGAGUAUCGGCUGCCAAAAAAGAAUUACAAGAAUUUAAGCCAUUGAGAUAUUUGGACACCCACAAGCUUGAGACUGAACGUGGCUUGACGAUAGGUUCCAAGUUCGUUUCGCUUUUGGUGCUGGACUCUCGAGACAGAUCACAUAUCUUCAAUCUUGCAGACUGUCCGGGCCAUCCAGAUUUCAAUGACGAAGUGGACACCACCUUGGCUGUGGUCGAAGGUGCAGUGUUGGUUAUCGACGUUUUGGAAGGAUUGACCAAGAGAGACAAGCGACUUCUCACGGCAUUGAUCAAGAAGAAUCUUCCGUUCUUGCUUGUUCUAAACAAGUUUGACAGACUUAUUCUCGAGCUUAGAUUGCCACCAAGUGACUUCUACCACAAGGUGAAAUAUAUCUUGGACGAUAUCAAUGCAUUCGUGUACCACAAUGAGUACAUUGCCACAUACACCCACGAAAAGCUCGUGAGUCCGUUGAAGAAUAAUGUUGUUUUCUCGUCUACAAAUCUCCAGACAUGCUUCACCCUACUGACAUUUGCUGAAAUAUACAUCCGAAAGUAUGGCGCCAUACCAAGUUUGGCUAGCCAUCAGUUGGAAAAACUCUUGUGGGGAGAUUUCUACAUGGAUAAGAAAGCUCGUCGUUUUGCCAAAUUCGUUCCUGGCGAUACUAACACGAGAACAUUUGAGCAGUUUGUUUUGGAACCCUUAUACAAAUUAGUGACGUACUCGUUGACUUCUGACCCUGAUGGGUUGCAACUUGCUUCUAUUCUCUGGGAUAAUUUUGGAUUGACUCUUUCCAAGUCUAGUCGCAAUCGAGACCCACAAACACUAUUACGAGACGUGUUCAACCUUGUAUUUGAAAGCACUAGCGACUUUGCUACUCUGAUUGUGGCCACAAUUCCAGAUCCCUCUAAAACUUUGGACUCAAUGAUGCUUGCCAAAGGUAUCCACAUAGAAGCAUAUGGUAAAAACGGUGUAAUUGGAGAGGUCCUGAAACUAAUCUUAGCAGCAGAUAAGAAGUCACAGUAUGCUGUUGUUCGUGUCUAUAAAGGAACAUUGACUAUUGGGACCAAAUUGCGAGUUGUACAAGGAGAUACUGAGAGCGAAGAGGACCAUGUGGUGGAGGUCAAGGAACUUUACAUUCCUGGCGGAAGAUACAAGGUUGCCGUUGGGGAAGUGCCUGCUGGAAAUAUUGCAAUUUUGGGAGGCAUUUCUGCUCCAAUCAACAAGACAGCCAGUAUUUUUGGUUCAAACAUCGACAGGAAGCUAUGCAAACCAUUUCAUUUUGCCAGAUGUGGUGAAAAGUCCAUUUACAAGGUUGCCGUGGAACCUGAACUGCCACUGCAGCUUCCAAUACUUUUAGAUGGACUUACCAUUUUGAGUAAAUGCUAUCUUUCUGCUGUGGUUCACACCGAAGAAAACGGAGAGCAUGUCCUUUUGGCUCCUGGCGAGCUCUACCUAGACUGUUUCCUUCAUGACCUUAGGUAUAUAUUUGCCGACUACUUGUCGAUCAAGGUAAGUGACCCAAUGGCUAAAUUUAGCGAAACAUGCAGCGAGAGAUCAGUUACUAAGAUCACUACCUAUGGUUUCAACAAAAAAAAUCUGCUCUCCAUAACUGCAGAACCACUCAAAGAUAGAAACCUUAGUCGAGCCAUCGAAUCAGGUCAAAUCAAUCUCUCACAACCACAGAAGAUCACCGCUAAGAUCUUACGAAAUGACUACGGCUGGGAUGCGUUGGCUGCUCGUUCUCUCUGGUGUUUUGGUCCGGAUGACAUGCAAGCACCUUCGAUGCUUCUAGAUGAUACGCUUGAAGAGGAAACAAACAAGCAAGAUCUUUUGGAGUGUAAAGAUUUGAUCUGUGCUGGAUUCAAGUUGGCAGUCAACGAGGGACCACUUUGUGAUGAGCCCAUCCGUAACUCUAAGUUUAAGAUCUUAGAUGCUGUGCUUAAUGGAUCAAAUCUCAGUUCCAGCAGCAGCCACUUUAUCCCCAUCACACGGAAUGCUGUCCACACGGGAUUUCUCACGGCCAGUCCCAAGUUAAUGGAGCCAACAUACAGAGUUAACAUCAUGUGUACAUACAAGAGUGUUGAGGCGGUACAAACUAUCUUAGGCAAACGCAGAGGAUGGACUGUUUCAGAGACUCCUGUGCCAGCAACUCCACUCUAUGAAAUUGAGGGCUACGUUCCAAUGAUAGAGUCCAUUGGUUUGGAUACAGAUUUGCGGCUCUACACCCAAGGCCAGGCAAUGGGAAUAUUGGAAUUUGCACGGUGGGACAUUGUUCCUGGCGACCCCUUGGACCAGGACUGCGUUCUACCCGCAUUGAAACCGGUUCCUAGAAACUCGUUGGCUCGAGACUUUGUCAUGAAAACAAGAAGAAGGAAGGGACUCAGUGGAGAGCCCAACUUGCAGAGAUAUCUCGACGCUGAUCUCUACGCUCGUCUUCGUGAUAGUGGUGUCAUUAAUUAA